AUGGUAAUGAUACAUUUGAACAAGAAACAUAUCCGUUUAGUAGUGGGGAUAAUUACGAUGGUAACUAUAUUUGUAUUGAUUACAAGAUAUUCAGAGGAAUUACAAGGACAAAUAAAUAAUAUAAGUUCAAGUACAAGUAAUAGUAGUGGUAAUAACGAGAAGGAAAGAGAUCCAGAAGCAGAAGCUAAACACAAAAAGAUGAUGGAAGAAACCAUAAUGCCAUCUAUGACUGAUACAAAAGCAAAGAAAGAAUUAGGUAAUGCAUCAUGGAAAUAUUUCCAUACUUUAUUGGCUAGAUUUCCAGAGAAUCCUACAGAUGAGGAAAGAUCAAAAUUAAAAUCAUUUAUACAAUUAUAUGCAGAGCUAUAUCCUUGUGGGGAAUGUUCGUAUCAUUUUGUUAAAUUAUUAGAUAAGCAUCCUGUUCAAACUUCCAGCAGGUUGGCUGCUGCAACUUGGGGGUGUCAUAUGCAUAAUAUUGUUAAUCAAUUUUUGAAAAAGAAACAAUAUGAUUGUUCUAAAAUUCUUGAAGAUUAUGAUUGUGGUUGUGGCGGUGGGCCUAAACAAAAGUAA